UUUUAGCUUAGCUGGGACACACGAGUGGAAUUGUAACCGAGGGAAAAAAAUAAGUUUAGGCUUCUUUUUCUUUUCUUGAAACAAUAUCGCAAACGCCUUGCACCUCCCCAUCUCUCUGGAGCUGACUCGCUGCCAUGCCAGUGCACCGUGACCGGGAGAAGAAGGAGAGCACAGCGGAGGAGAUGGAGGUGGAGGAGCAGGAGCAAGAGGCGUCCAGCUCAGAGGAGGAGGAUUCUGACACCUCCUCUGUCUCCGAGGAUGGAGACAGCUCUGAAAUGGACGAGGAGGACUGUGAGCGGAGGAGGACGGAGUGUCUUGAUGAAAUGUCCAACCUGGAGAAACAGUUCACGGAUCUCAAAGACCAGUUGUAUCAUGAGCGUCUCAGCCAGGUGAAGAGCAAGCUGGGAGAGGUGGAGGCCGGCCGGGCGGCGGAAUACCUGGAGCCUCUGGCCGUGCUGCUGGAGAACAUGCAGGUCCGCACCAAGGUGGCAGGCAUCUACAGAGAGCUUUGUCUGGAGUCUGUGAAGAACAAGUAUGAGUGUGAGAUCCAGGCAGCGUGCCAGCACUGGGAGAGCGAGAAGCUGCUGCUGUUUGACACGGUACAGAGUGAACUGGAGGAGAAAAUUAGAAGGCUGGAGGAAGACCGACACAGCAUAGAUAUUACAUCAGAGUUGUGGAAUGACGAGUUAUCGGGACGGAAGAAGAGGAGAGAUGCUUUAAGUCCGGAUAAGAAGAGGAGACGACCUUCAGUGGUGUCUGGCCCGUAUAUCGUUUACAUGCUGCCCGACCUGGACGUCCUGGAGGACUGGACGGCUAUCAGAAAGGCCGUGGCUUCGCUGGGUCCCCACAGAGGGAAGGCCGACUCUGACAGCCCCGUGUUCCCAUUCAGACAAGACAGAAGCAGGCCCAUUCUCAACUGCUGAGGAACACACACACACACAGUCACACAUUACAGAGCACACUCAAAACACACGAGGACCGCAAACAGAAGCACAAUAAAUACAAACGCAUACAGCACACACACACACACGCACACGGCAGCAUUCACUUUCUGCAAGCUGGACUUUUUCUCCGAGUCGUUACUACAAACCCUUCCGCUAACAGCGACGCCAGUCGGUAAGCUGCCUCUUCGUGCUGACACACAAUAAGGACUCGCAGGUUUGAAUCCCUUUAGCGGACAGCAGGAGCAUCGUUUCCACUGACAUGGUAGUUGCCAGUACUUUUGUUCAAAAGAGUUAAACCUGUUUAAAGACUGAUGUCUGCUGAAGCCACUGAAAGGCAUUCUGGUAGUCAUUGCAUUUCAUUUCAUUGUGAGAAUUUCUUUGAGGAGUUAUGGCAUGCUCCAGAUUUGUAGAUGUAUCACUGGACAGUGAACUAAAUCAGAAUUAGACUGUUUUUCUUUUUCACGUUUUGGAUUGAAAUGUUUGAAGUCAUCGCCUCCCAGAAUGUGGUAUUUGGUGAGAGGGCCAUUGUCUUCACACAUUGAGGCACAGUGUUGUCUGAACUCCGUUUAUUUGGAUAAAUUGAGUGGGAAUGCGACCGAAAUCUGUCUUUGUGUUUGGCUUUGAUUGCAGCAGUGUCAGCAGACUUUCCAGCUGAACGUAGUCAACACCCAAAGUACACCGUCGCCUAGAUUUGACAAACGACGUCAUUUGACUGCUUGUGUUUCUUUUGUGUGUAUUUUACAGACGCGGUCCAGGAGAUUUUUAAUCUUAAAUCCAGAUUGUUAUUGACGAAGCUUCCGUUGACAUAUAUAUAUAUAUAUAUAUAU